AUGAGCGUGCGGCAGAACUUCCAUAAGGAGUGCGAGGAGGCGCUAAACCAGCAAAUCAAUCUGGAAUUAUACGCCAGCUACGUCUAUCUGUCUAUGGCGUACUACUUCGAUAGGAGCGACGUCGCUCUGCCGGGCCUCUUCAAGUACUUCAAGAAGGCGUCGGACGAGGAGCGCGAGCAUGCCAUGAAAUUUCUGACUUAUCAGAACAAGCGGGGCGGCGAUAUCGCCCUGCCGAUGAUCAAAGAGCCGCCGACGGACUGGCAAAGCGCGCAGAAUGCGAUGAUGGAGGCCCUGAAGCUGGAGAAGCUGGUGAACGAGAAUCUGCUGCAGCUGCACGGGAUCGCUUCGACGCACAACGAUCCCAACUUCAUGGACUACCUGGAGACUGAAUUCCUGCAGGAGCAAGUGGACUCGAUAAAAGAGAUCGCCGACCACGUGACGAAUCUGGUGAGAGUCGGGGAAGGCCUCGGGGUCCACAUCUUCGACAAGGAGCUGCAAGAUCAAGACUGAUCGAGUAAAGUCAGCCGAAUCGAAGUUGUAUUUUAGGCCAAUAUCGUGGAAUCGCGCCGUACUAUUUAUAUCGCAUCAACGAAGCGCCGUACGCGAUAAAUAGAUAAGGGAAGAAGCAGAUGUCUAGGCAUGUUGUUCUUUGUGAGGUGUAUCCAAGAUCCCUCGAAGGCAACGUCGUAGCCAAUUCAAUUCAAUUUCUCGUAUCAAAGUGACUUUAUCGUGCAAUUAAUGAUGUUUAACGGCUAACUUUUUCAAAGGUACACGUAUAUCGUAUUCCUAUAGUACAUCGAGAAAGAAAUGUUUGCUAUUACUAUAAUCGUACAUUGUGAUGAAGAAUUUUAAUCGGGAUAGCCAUUUUUGUAUAUAAUGAGCGUUACUAUAGUAUUUGUUAUUAAUCAUAAUUACUAAUAUUAUAUGCACAUUGCUAUUACUACUUUUUUGUUAAAACGGCGAGAAGAUUUUGUUGGUGCCGAAAAUAAUUGUAAUUUUAGCGAUAUAUUAACCGUCCUCCUUUUCUUUCAGUGUAUCUGUGCGAAAUAUCGUGUAACUUGCACGUCGUUGUAUCGUUCGAAAUCGAAUAAUAACAAUUGAAAACAUUAAUUACAAUCGCAA